CAAGGAGGAGGAACUGCUGCACUACAGAAUGGGACUAGCUAAGUAAGCAGGGACCGCCUUACUGCACUUGCCUUUCUCUGUGACGGGUUAUAUUAAGACACUGAAAAGGUUCAUUAUGUCUCAUACUCUCCAGUACCUGCUGUGCCUGGCAGUUUGCCAAAUAAUUCUUGGCCAGGAAAGAAAUGGUGAUAGAACUUCUGCUGGGAAGAGGUCGUCAUUUUUCUUGUCUUCUAACACUGUAGAAAAGCAUCCUGUUCUUCAUCCAGAUGAAGACUGCACUCUUGAAAUGACUUUCUUGCUCGAUAGUUCAGAAAGUGCUAAAAACUAUCAUGAACGAGAAAAAAAAUUUGUGUUGGACAUUGUGGAUAAAAUGCAGUCACUCACUAUGGCUGCAGGAAACAGGAUCAGUUGGAGGAUAGCCUUACUGCAGUACAGCAGUAAAGUUGACUUAGUGCAGAACUUUCGAGAAUGGACUGGGCCUGAAACUUUCAAAUCACGUGUUGCAUCAGUUUCCAUUAUUGGGCAUGGCACCUACACAACAUAUGCCAUAACUAACUUAACCCAGCUGUAUGUAAAAGAGGCAAGUCCUCACAGUGUCAGAGUUGCUGUACUUUUGACAGAUGGUGUAGACCACCCAAGAAACCCAGAUAUUUUUGCAGCUAUAAAUGAUGCUAAGAACCAUGGAAUCAACUUUUUUACAGUGGGAAUGUCUACUAUAGCUACUCAACAAAACAAUGCACUAAAGCUCCGUAACCUUGCUAGCUCUCCUGCUGAUAAAUAUGUAUUUAAUUUACAAGACGCAAAUGUUGUCAACAACAUUACAAAGGAAGUGAAAGAACUAGCAGAGGUCGGGUGCCCUCGCCCAUGCACUUGUGAAAAAGGAGAAAAAGGGACUGCAGGUCCACCUGGCAAAAAGGGACGACCAGGUGAAGAUGGGCUUCCUGGCCAGAAAGGAAGUAAGGGUGAGCCUGGCCUAAAUGGACUCUCAGGAAGAGAUGGAGUAGAGGGAAAACCUGGAUACAAAGGAGAAAGGGGUGAAAGGGGAGAAUGUGGAACUCCAGGAAUAAAAGGUGACAGGGGUCCAGAAGGUCCACUGGGAGCACGAGGACAGAGAGGUCUUCAGGGUCCCUCAGGCCCUCCAGGAGAUCCAGGAUUUGAAGGCAUACAAGGACCAAAGGGUGACAGAGGUCUCCCUGGAUUACCUGGUCCACAAGGAGAUAUUGGAAUCGGACUUCCUGGUCCAAAGGGUGACAUUGGUCCACAAGGAAGAGUUGGCCCAGUGGGGCCUCCUGGAAUUGGUGAACCAGGAUCACCAGGACCACAAGGACAGCAAGGCAUCCAAGGAGAAAGAGGCGCACCAGGUGAAGGUCUUCCAGGACCAAAGGGAGACAGAGGAUUUGAUGGCCCACGGGGAUCUCGUGGACAGCCGGGUAUUGGAAUAAAAGGUGAAAAGGGUGAAUUGGGGCCUCCUGGUUUACCUGGUCCAGUUGGCUUGUCUGGAAUUGGAAUUCAAGGAGAAAAGGGUAUUCAAGGGCCACGAGGUCCACCUGGCCCAACUGGACCACAAGGAACUGGAUUACCAGGCCCAAAGGGUGACCAAGGCUUGCCAGGAGAAAGUGGAGCACCUGGAGAAAGAGGUAUUGGAGAGCCAGGACCAAAGGGAGAUCCUGGUGCAACAGGUGCAGCAGGCCUGCCUGGCCUUCCGGGAGAGGAUGGAGCUCCAGGACAAAAGGGGGAACCAGGACUACCAGGUCUUCGAGGUCCUGAAGGUCUUCAGGGAAUUGGAAUUCAGGGGGAGAAGGGAGAUCAAGGCCAGCGUGGAAUUCGUGGAUUAACAGGACCACAAGGAUUACCAGGACCAGCAGGACCAAAGGGUGAACCAGGUGCACCAGGACGUUUUGGUAUGCCAGGCCCUCCUGGUUCUGCCAUUGUAGGACCAAAGGGUGAAGUUGGACCACAUGGCCCUCCUGGCUUACCAGGGGAAAUUGGAAUAGGAAUCCCUGGUCCCAAGGGUGAACAAGGUCCUCCAGGAUUACCAGGACCAUUUGGACCAAAAGGAGAGGGAUACCCAGGACCAUCUGGGCCUCCAGGUCUUCAGGGAUUACAAGGUGAGCAAGGACCAGAAGGAAUUGGACUGCCAGGGCCCAAGGGUGAUAUAGGCCCCAGAGGACCUACUGGUCUGCCAGGACCACCAGGUGAAGGUAUUCCAGGAUCAAAGGGAAAUGCUGGAAGACAAGGGCCACAGGGAGUGCCUGGCCCACCAGGAGAAGGCAUUCAAGGGCCCAAGGGAGAACAAGGGAUACCGGGACCACAAGGAGCACGAGGUCCACCUGGAGAAGGACUUUUAGGACCAAAGGGUGAUCGUGGCAGUCCUGGAGAGAGAGGUAGAAAAGGUGACAAGGGAGAUUUUGGGGACACUGGACUUUCUGGUCAACCAGGAAAACCUGGAGCAAAGGGAGAACCUGGUCUAACGAGAGAAGAUGUUAUCAAACUGAUUAAAGAAAUAUGUGGAUGUGGGAUUAAAUGCAAAGAAAGACCAAUGGAACUUGUCUUUGUUAUUGACAGUUCAGAAAGCGUUGGACCUGAAAACUUUGAAAUCAUCAAAAACUUUGUCAUUGCUCUUACUGACAGACUUACAGUAGGCAGAAAUGCAACUCGGAUAGGCUUAGUGCUUUACAGCUUAGAAGUCCGAUUAGAGUUUGAUCUAAACAGAUUUACAAAUCAGCAAGACAUUAAGCAAGCAGUACGUAACAUGCUGUACAUGGGAGAAGGUACUUAUACUGGGACAGCCAUUCGCAAAGCAACUCAGGAAGGAUUUUUUGCAGCACGAAAUGGAGUCAGAAAAGUUGCAAUAGUUAUAACUGAUGGUCAGACUGAUAAGAGAGAACCCGUGAAACUUGACUUGGCUGUUCGAGAAGCACAUGCUGCUAAUAUUGAGAUAUAUACCAUUGGAAUUGCAAACACAACUGACACAUCCCAAGAAGAGUUCUUAGAAGAACUUAACCUUAUUGCUUCUGACCCUGAUGCUGAACACAUGUACCUCAUUGAUGCUUUUGAUACACUCACAGUUCUAGAAUCCAAGCUGGUUAGCCAGUUAUGUGAAGAUGAAAAUGGAGCUCUGGUAUACAAUCGAAUAAAUAAUCAGAUAAAUUCACUGAAUGGUGGUCCAUUACCAGGAGAAUACAAUAGCAAAUUACAUCAAGAUGUGCAAAGAAACUCACUAAGUGUACCUAAAGCAGAUCUACAAAAGAAGCCAACAGCUGCUGUUUCUGUAAAAGAGCCAGAAGAGGAAGACUAUGAUGACUAUGAAGAGCAGACUGGAAAAGUCACACACGUUACCAUAGUUAAGGAGCAGCCUUCUGCUCCACCAUUACAGCCUGUCAAAGAAGAUGUUCCCCUGGACCCACGCUGUUCUCUACUGCUAGAUCAGGGUACAUGUCGUUCCUACCUUAUUAAAUGGUACUAUGACAAAGACGCUAAUGCUUGUGCACAGUUCUGGUAUGGUGGUUGUAAUGGAAAUUCCAAUCGCUUCGACACAGAGCAAGAAUGCAAAAAGACUUGUGUAUCUGGAUUUUGAGAAAUCAGAGGUGAUGUCAAGGGAAACUACAGGAAGGAAAGACCACCAGCAAUCAGUAAUUUAAGAAAAGGACAGCAUUUUGCACACUGAAAAGGCAUUAUGUAUAUCAUUGCUCAGUCUGUGUGUGUGUAAAUAUAUUAAAAACAUAAUUUGCAGAAUGUUACUCAGCUUUAUGAAAAUAUUCUCAGGGCCUGAGAUUGAAAGUAAAUAUUUUUUUUUAUUAAAGAACAGCCACCGAAAUAUAAAAAUAUUGUUGAAAUUGCAAACAUUCCCUAGCCAUAGUUCAUAGCCACAUUGCCAAACACUAAUUUCAAAGAAUGAUAUCUAUGUAUCUCUCUCUCU